UAAACGAACGACAACGACCAAAACGAACAGUGGAGGAAGACCAGUAACGAGGUCAAAUUUUGCUGAAUAAAAUUGGAAAAAUUACAUUUAAAAUAAUAAUUAAUACGAAAUAAACAGUUUAACAACAUUUGGAAAAUAUUGAAGAAACAUUUUUAAUAAUUUUGUGCGUGAAACUAUUUAAAAAAAAAUUUUGAAAGCAGUCACAUAUUGAAAAGUUAAUCACCAGUGACUUUGUACAUAUUAAAAAAACAGUUAGACAACAAAAUGGGUUUGGGGCGUCAGGAGAACACGCUGGAGAAGCAAAUUGGCUGCGUAAAGUACACACUUUUCUGCCUCAACAUUGUCGCAUGGAUGUUUGCGACCGCGCUGUUCGCGCUCACCGUUUGGCUGCGCGCCGAAGAAGGUUUCAGCAAUUGGCUGGCUAUAUUGCAAGCACAAAACUUUUACAUUGGCGUCUACAUACUAAUUGGCACAAGCAUUAUCAUGAUGGCGGUUUCGUUUUUGGGUUGCCUUAGCGCUUUGAUGGAGAACACCUUGGCGCUUUUGGUCUUUCUCGGCACGCAGGCUUUUGGUUUUGCCGCUGGUGUGGCCGGUUCGGCCGUAUUGCUCGAUUACAGCACCAUGCACUCGAGCCUGCAGCCGUUGUUGCAGCGCACACUGACCUAUCUGGUAAGCACCUCGGAGUACUCACAUUCGUCGUAUGUGCUCACUAUGAUACAGAGCAAUAUUGGUUGCUGUGGCGCUACGGGACCGUGGGAUUAUUGGAAUUUACAUCAACCACUGCCGAAUUCAUGUCGCGACACUGUGAGCGGUAAUUGUUUCUUUAACGGUUGUGUCGAUGAGUUGACUUGGUUUUUCGAGGGCAAAACAUCUUGGAUUGUGGGUGUGGCCUUGUCGUUGGCGCUGUUGAAUGUGGUGUGCGCUAUUUUGAGUUUGGUGUUGGUGCAAGCUGUUAAAAAAGAGGAGGAUGAAGCGCGUACCUAUCGACAUUAAGCGAUUACAGUUAAGAGAAAAUAAAGCAGACGGUGUUGGGAGUCGAAUAUGAACGCUAGAUAGUUGUUGCUGGAAAUGCGUACGUUUAUGUGGAGCAAUAAAUGUGCGCAUUGAGUUCCGUUGGAAACCGACAAUUUUACAACUUUACUUUUUUUACCACAAAACCGCCGAAUGAACUUUCUACAUACAUAAAUACAUAUUUUUCAUGCAUAUUUAAUUUUUACCGUUAUCCAUUAGAAUUUUAAGUUUGUUUAACAAAAUGAAAAAUUUACAAAUACAUCUAAGCGCACAAAUAGUUUUAAUAAAAUCGUAAAUAAAUAAAUA